AUGCGGACGAGGCCUAUCCCAGCCAGCAAGCAGUCCCGCUACCUCCGUGACACGUCCAGGGCCGUCGAGGCACUCGUCCUAUCCGCCUGGUAUGCCACCACCGGCACCGGGUUGGCGCAGCCGAUUUCGCAGCUGCAGGUGCAGCUCCCGACGCUGCAGGAAGGCGCUAGCAGUCAGCAGCCGGCGAUGGCGGCGCCCGUGCUCGCGGAGGUGCUGGACGCCGUCCGCAGCAACCCAAGGCCUGAGGAGCUCCGGGCGGCGAUGAGCGAAGGCAUCCGCCAGGCAGUCUGGAAGGUGGACGGGCUGCGCGGGCUAUCGAGCCUGCUCGGGCUGGAGGAGGUGCCGGCGCGGCUCGAGACGUGGGACAUCAGCCACCUGCAGCUCUCCUCGGCGCUCGACGCCCUCUCCGAGCUCGGCGUGCGGCGCGGCGUCGCGGCGCUCGCGCUCGCUAAGCGGGAGGAGGAGAUCUACCUGCCCGGCGCCUCGGAGCCGCUCGUGCUGCCGCGUAGCUCCCCCACCCUCACGCUGCUUCGCCGGCAGCGCGACGAGGCGCACGCGUACGCGCUCCUCUCCCACCGGAGGCUGCGCGCCUCGGCCGAGCUCGCCUCGGUCCUCGACGGGUGCGGCCUCACCGCCGCAGAGCAGUCGGCCUUGCGCGCCUCGUUUGGCUCCGCCUCUGCCUUGCGCGCCGCGAGCGUCGACGAGCUCCGCUCAGCCCUCGGGGAGGGCUGCGCCGCCGACCCGCGCCUCGUGUCUGCGCGGCUGCGCUCGCGGCCCGAGCCGGUCGCCGUCGGGUUUCACGACUCGCUCGCCGGCUACGGGAGCGCUGUGCAGGCGCUGGCCCUGUCGUCGCGCCGGAUGGGCUCGAAGGUCGAGGCGUGGGCGUCGGAGGAGCAAGCGCGCCGUUGGUGGGCGGCGCGGCGCGGCGUGUGGCUCUCGCGGCUCGAGCGCGGUGGACCCGCGGCGGAGCGAGCCGUCGACGACCUGCGCGCCCCCUACCGGCCGUCGGGCGACCAGCCGUCGGCGAUCGACUCGCUCGUGGCGGACGUGCAGUCGGGCGUGCCGCGGGUGGUGCUCAAGGGCGCGACCGGCACCGGCAAGACGUUCGUGCUUGCCAACCUGAUUGCGCGCACCAACCGGCCGACUCUCAUCGUCGCGCCGAACAAGGUGCUCGCCGCGCAGCUCUACACGGAGCUGCGCUCCUUCUUCCCGACCAACGCCGUCACCAUCUUCUUCUCGCACUUUGACUUUUACCGCCCCGAGAGCUAUGCACCCGUCUCGCAAAACUACGUCGAGAAGGCGUCGCAGACCAACCCCAAGAUCGACGCGCUGCGGCACGAGGCGACGCGCUCUCUCUUCGAGCGGAGGGACACCAUCGUCGUCGCCACCGUCAGCUGCAUCUACGGGCUCGGCAUGCCCGCAGAGUACCUCGACCGCGCCACGGCGCUCUCGGUCGGGCAGCGCUGGAGGGCGGCCGAUCUGCUCGCGGCGCUCCGCGAGAUGCGGUACGAGAGGGCGGCGGGCAGGCAGCUCGGCCGCGGCGAGUACCGCGACGCAGCGACGGGGGGCAGCCUGCCGCCGCCCUCCGAGGCGGGCGCCGAGGCGGGUGCUGAGGCGCUCAUCCAGGCGGUGGCGGCGCUCAAGGAGGCGUGCGCCGAGAGGGGGCUCGCCACGGGCGGCGUCAAGGCGGCGCUCCGAGAGCGGCUCCUCUCGCACGAGGCGCUGCUCGUCGCGGCGGGCGAGGCGGGGGGCGAGGCGGGGGAGAGGGGCGACGCUGGGGCGGCCGGCGACGGGGAGGUCCCGGCCCACGUUGUGCUGUACCCAGCCAACCACUACACAGAGCACAAGGAGCGCGUGCUGCGCGAGAUCGCGGCCGAGUGCGCUUCGACGGUACGUUCCCUGCUGGCCUCGGGGCUGGUGGUGGAGGCGGAGCGGCUGCAGCUGCGCACCGA